AUGCUCUUUCCUCCCACCUCCAUCAACACACCGAAUACAAUCGCGGUCACCAACCAGGAAAUUGACAUCCUCACAUCAACCCUAACCACAGCCCUCACCCUCUCAAGUACCAUCCUGAUCGUCACAACAGCAGCUAUCUGGACAUGGAAAACAAUCCAAUACAUCACCUCCCCGGUUGCCAACGCCGCCAAUCGCCUUCUUAACAAAGUCUCAAACAAGGAAAACGUUGUCGCCGAUCUUGACGAAGUGCGUUUUGGAGUCGGGGUGGUAGGGAUGUUCUUGUGUCUUUUCACCGGCGCAUUGGAGGUGACGAUCAUGGAGAGCACACGUGGUCGGCCGAUCAUCGAGUUCAACAAUAUCUUUGUGACGAUUGUGGCGAGCUUGGCGAUUGCGGUGGGAAAGGGAGUGGUGGAGGGGGUGUUGACUUUGGGAGUGCUGAGUGCGGUGGUCAAGGGUUUGGGCUUGGGGGAAGGAAGGGUGACAGCGGAGACGCAGGGGGAAGAAAAGGGGGAUUGA